GACGCUAGGUGGUUUAGACGGUGGCGCGUGAGUUGGUGUGUCGUCAGUCGGGAGACGGUCGGUCGUGUGUUUCGGACUUCCGUCACGUGGACCUGGUGGCUUGGAUAUGAUGAAAAGAACUGUCAGCGAUAUGGAGUCGGACUGCGACGACGUUUUUGCGGAAGAUUCACCAAAAGGAACUCCGACUCAAAGUAACGAAAGUUGUCAAUUAUUAAACAGGAAAAGAAGGCGCGGGAUUAUCGAAAAGAGAAGACGAGAUAGAAUUAAUAAUUCUUUAUCAGAAUUGAGAAGGUUAGUCCCUGCAGCAUUUGAAAAACAGGGUUCUGCCAAGUUAGAAAAAGCGGAAAUCCUUCAAAUGACCGUGGAUCACUUAAAAAUGCUGCAUGCUAAAGGUUUCGAUGCUUUGACUUUCGAUCCUCAUAAAUUUGCUAUGGAUUAUCACAACAUUGGUUUCCGAGAAUGUGCUUCCGAAGUAGCUCGUUAUUUGGUAGCCAUCGAAGGAAUGGAUUUACAGGAUCCACUCCGUUUACGCUUGAUGAGCCAUUUACAAUGCUACGCCGCCCAAAGAGAACUGGCAUUAAAAUCCGCAUCCGCGCAUAAUCCUUGGAAUUCUCCCUCCACAUUCGGCACCAUCCCUCCACCAGCUCCAUCUCAGUAUCCCGCACCAUCUAUGACAUCUCAGUUGCAUCCCUCGUCGGCACCGGCUCCCAUGCUAACAUCUGAAGCGCCGCCACCCAUAUCCGUCAGUUCUCCUUACUGUUCCGAAUCCCGUCCAGUACAGUUACCAAUGGAAGAAAAUAUGCACCACGGGCACCACUCUAUGCCUCGCGUCUCUUCGUCUCAGCUCCAAACAACUAUGUCUACAUCCAGUUUGGCAGGGGGAAGUUCGACGAUGAUGACACCACUUUCUCAGAUGCCACCUAAUCAGUAUUUUUCCGGACACGGAUUCUCUUCCGCAGGAAAUUACGGCCCCACUACACCUUCGCAAAAUACACCUCCUGCUGUGAAACCUUAUAGACCUUGGGGAGCAGAAUUAGCCUAUUGAAAACACUACUCCGAAACUUAAUUAGCAAUAAAGAACUUGUAUCUUUAUUUUUUCUAGUCAGGAAAGAAUAUUUUUCUAGUCACAUAAGAAAAAAAAAAAAAAAACAUUGUUAAGAUACCAACGAUGCCUUUUCCUAAUAUUAUUAAUAGUAUAUCAUUUUGUACAUAAAAUGUUUUCUAUUUUUUCUACUAUACGUUUAAAUAUAAAUAUAUAUUUAUAUAUAAAAAUAAUUGUACGCUAUACUGUCAUGCACAGAAUGUACUGUUUACAUGCAUUCGAAAAAAAAUUGUUAAAUACAACUGUUAAUAAAAAAAAUAUUUUUUA